AUGUCCACCUCAGACUGCUGCGCCAAGAUUCCUCCCGUCCACUCGGACUACCAGGCCAAGGGACAGAAAGACGUCACCGUCGGCGGUCUCAAAUGCUACGUCGUUGGCCCGGAGUCGGCUUCGACUGUUCUGAUUGGUGUAUAUGACAUCUUCGGCUAUGCGCCUCAGACGUAUCAAGGCGCCGAUAUUCUCUCUGAGACGCUCGGCGCACGUGUUCUAUUGCCUGACCUCUUCAGAGGCGACUACUGGCCUCAUGACAAGUUCCCUCCCUCGGGUGACGACGGCAAGAAGCUCGGCGAAUAUAUCGGCAACGUCUGCGCUCCUCCAAAGACGUCGCAGGAGGUUGUUGCUCUAGCGAAAGAGCUCGCUUCGUCUAGCUCGGUGAAGGGCAUCGGUCUUUAUGGCUACUGCAUUGGAGCCAAGAUCACAGGUCUCGCCAGCGGUGACAGCUCUGUCACAUCGCACAAGGUCAAGGCAGUCGUCAAUGUCCAUCCUGCUGGCAUUGACCCGGAUGACGCCAAGAAGCUCCAAGUACCCAUCCUCUGGGCGCCAACAAAGGACGAGGACAAGAAGGUCUCGGACAAAUUCUAUGCCAACGUUGAGAGCUCGUCUGUCGGCAAGCAGUCAGUCAAGCAUCAGUACGAGGCUUUCCACGGCUUCGCAUCUGCUCGUGCAGACCUGAAGGACCCCACGAAUCUCAAAGAUUACGAGGACUUCUAUUCUCGAGCAGCUGGCUUCUUCAAGGCUCUGCUCUGA